AAAGGCGGUUAAAAGUUAAAAGUGUUUAAUCAAAAUAUUAUCUGGAACAUCGGAAGAAAUAAAACUAUUAUUGUGUAGCGUUUAAUACUUUAACGUGUUUAAUAAAUAUUGGGCACGAUAACAAAGCGUAAGCGGUCAUUUCCCGCUAUUAUACGAAAAGGAAAACUGACUUCCCACAAUGUUAUCAACAGACGAUUUAGAAAGGCUAAUUACAGCGAAGAGGUGUGAGAUAGAGCAAGAGAAAACUUCUCUGGGCCUUUCGCCGUGUAACAAUAGUGCAGAAACCAACAUCUCAAAGAGUGAAACGAAAGUGAGAGCCGGUCGCCCCAGAGCCCUGUCUGAGAACAAUGUGCCACAAGUUGCCUCGCCUGAGAAAGAGAUACACUACAAAGAUGAAAUAUCUCCUGAUCUAGAGAGAUAUAUAAGGCGCUACGCAGGGCUGCCGGCGAUGUUGAAGGCGGGCGAAUACUCGCCCAACAACCCGCUGGUGCGCGGCGAGCGCAGCGCAGGCGACGUGCUGCUCGGGCUCGGCGAGUACGAGCGCCGGCGCAACACGCUGCGCAAGAUACGCCAGCGCCAGUACAAGGAGUACCUCGACCAGCAAGCGAAAAAAAAACAAGAAGCGAAAGAGCAAGCGGAGCGCGAACAAAAAGAGAGAGAGGAGAAAGAGAGACUCCGCGAGGAGAGGGAGAGAGAGAGACUGGAGUUAGAGCGAGUCGUCAGUCCGGAGAGACGGCGCGCCAGCGUCAGCCAUUCCUACGUGUCGGGCGCUAACAAUACAUACGUCAAUAAAGUGGACACGGGGGUGCAAGUCGACCAUCGCAGCACUCCGCUCUCAGUGGCUGUGCAGACUGAAGACGACGCGCUAUUUGAUAUAAGCCAGUCCUCCGCUGUGAACCAGCUGACGCAGGCGGAGCGCGAGCUGUCCCCGCACGCGGUGGGCGACGGGCGCCAGCCGUGCGCGGCGCAUCGCUGGGACUGGCGCGAGUGGGGCAGCGGCAGCGCCAGCGAGCGCCGGCGCAGCUAUGGCGACGCUGACGUGCGCAUGUCGGUGGCGCGCGCGCCCCGCGAGCGUCUGUGCUCCGAGCUUCGCCACUGCUACAUGCCGUCCAUCUUCGACGCGGAGGCCAUCCGCCUGAGGAACGAGCGCGCCGAGAAGGAGGCGGCGGAACGACGUCACUCUUACCAACAAGAGCUGAAGAACCAGAUACUGGAACAGCAGAGGAUAAAAGAAGAACGAAAGAAUAGAGAGAAGAUGUUGGAGCAAGCGGAGAUGCGUCGACUGGAAGAGCAGCUGCGCUCGCUGAAGAUGGCGCAGGAGAGAGAAAUAGACAGACACCACGAGAUCAACUCUGCUGCAAAAGACAACGCUAUAGAAUACGAAAGGAAAAGAACAGCUCUCCAAAAAGAGAUCGACUUAGAACACCAGGCAUUACUAAAAGCUGCAAUACAUCCUAAAAGACCAACAAACACAUCAAAAAGCGACUCUCCAGUACAUUCAAAACUACCGUUCUUUUACCAAAAACCGCCAUACUCUUCAAACGUACCAGAUAAUGCAAUUUUCUCUCCAAACUAUGAUGUCGAAAGUUACCUAAGAAGAAAUCUUAACCCGUCAAGAGAAAAUCUAUGUUCGAGUAAAGUUGAUAACAAAAACAUUGUCAUAGAAAAGGCUUUAGUACAUGAAAUGCCGAAGGACAGGAAUUUUUCCGAAAAAAUAGACAGGCUUUACGAAAAAGAUACGAAGUUCACCGAAAAUGUAGACAAAUAUGCGAGACAAUAUCCCGAACACAUAGAAAAAGAAAUGAGAAAAUUCCCCGAAAAAAAGGAAAUGGACACAAGAAAAUUUUCCGAAAACAUUGAUUUGCAAUCUAGAAAGUAUACGGAAAAAUUGGACAAGUUGGGAAAUUCUAAAGAGAACAUUCUAGAAAGAGGUUACCAAGACGAUAUAACCAAGCGAGAUAUUAAAAAGUUCUCAGAAAAUACCGACAAAGCUUUUGAAAAUUCCAAAUAUAUGUACAAAUCUGAAAGGAAUCGAGAAGAGAAAGUGGUAGACACUUUGCCUAUACCAGUUUUGAGGCACUCUCCAAAAUUGAAAGUUAAUUUUGAGGAGAAAACUUCAGAACUAAGCGACAAAAUGCAGAUGGUUGAAGACAAAUGGAAGGUGCCAGUUGUUCAGAAGAACAUAUUGAAGUGCUUGCCCAACGAGAAGGGGAAGAAUGUCAGCAUUCUCACACAACUGGGCUCCAUUCGCAGACAACUGCAGCUUGAGCAGCUUAAGCUGGAUAAAAUGCUGUCAAAAACGCAGACUUGAGGUCAUUUUACAUAGUACAAGACCCGGCAUAAAGAAUAUUUACCCUUAUCUGUUAUUUAUUUGGGAUAAUGAAUAUCAUCUUAUGUCAACUGAAAGCUUAUUUUAUGUUUAAUUGUAUUAGGUUAUUAACUGUAUUAGGUUGUCUUUAGUCUAGUUCAUGAUUUCCUAGAUUUUGUGUGAAAAUUAAAUUGCCUAGUUAAAUUGCGACUAUUAUAUUGCAAUAUGUCACUGUGAACAUUUAUUUCAUAGCACUAAUGAAUAACAGAUGAGAGUAUAUUUUUCUAAUGCCGUAUCUUAGACCAUUGUCAGUAUCGCUGUAAAAUUACAUAAAAUAAUAUUGAACAAAUUAUUACCAAUUUAUUAACUAUUUAGGUUAUAAAAUUCAUUUUUCUAGACGUUUUUCUUAGUUAUAUUAUAAUGGCUAGAUGAAUUACCUUCUGAUUUUUCCAUACAAUAUGUUGAAUAACUAUGAGUAUAAUAAUAAUUGUGUUGCUAGAAAUGAUAAAUUAUGUUCAUCGGCUAUGAACAGCUAUGAUAUUGAUGAUGAUUAUGAACUUCUAGAAAAAAAAAUGCAAUUUGCAGAAAAUAAAAAAGAAAUGGAAGGAAUCAGCUAACUCACUAUUCUUCUACCCAUAUUAUGAAGGGUAUACCUUCAUAAUAUGAAUAGAAGGUGAACUAGAAUUUAAUAUGUUGAAAAACCAAUUUCCAAAAAGGAAGUAUGCAGUUUUGCUAAAGUUGUUGUGUUUUUUUAAUAUGUUAAGUAUUGAAAGAUAAUCUUUUUGUUAAUGUAUGUGUAUAUUUUUGAAAUGCACUAUUUUGUAAACUGUUUAAUGUUGUUGCAUUGUUUUGUGUUUGUGUGUUAUAUUUUUUGUAUUGAAUUAUAUUGAUUUUUGUAUUGUAUUAUAUAGUUAAUACAAAAUAAAAUAAUAAUUUAUGUUAUAAUAAUGUGAAUAAAAUAAUGCUUGAAAUUAAUAAUUAUUAUGUAAGCGUAAUUUUUUGUCAAUUUUAAAAAUAUAACACGCCUAAUUUGAACUGUCCAAUAGUUAAUAUCACAUGUUAUGUAAAACAUAUUUAAUUGUAAAUAAAUAAUAAUUGAAAUAUAUCAUUAAAUAAUCGUUAUAAAUAUGUAUAAUGUGAAUGAAAAAUAAUAAUAAUAUCAAGAUAUAAAUAUAAUUUUCUAAAUAUUGAUGAUGAACAAUUUCGAUAGGUAUAUAAUAUUAUCCAAUUUUGAAUACAAGAAGGUCGAUUAUAUAUGUAAUUUUGUACAGCUGAAAAUAUUAUAUUUUUAAACAUUUUCUUUUCAAACAAGAUAGGUGAUACAAACCAUUUUUGUAAUAAAAAGGCAUUUUGAUAAUCCCUUUCUUGUCUUCUUUAUAUACUCAUAUAUAAUAAUAAUAAACUCGAAAAUAUUCUUUACAUAAUUUAUAAUACAAUUCAUUCUUUUAUUUAGAAAUUAUAUAAUUAAUGUUUAAAUAAGUAAUUAUUGUGUAUUGUAUUUUUUUUUUAACUUUUUCAACUUUGAUGUAAUCGGAAUAAUAAGAAAAAAUAUCUAAAAUAUGCCAAAUGUUAAAUUUCUUCGUAAUAGUGUAGUGCCAAAACUACUUCUUCCUAAAACUUUUUUGAUCUACCCUCUGUUUUCUGAACUUCUUUGCCAAAUGGCCUAAAAUCUAGUUCUUCCUUAUUUCUUUACUAUGGUCUAGAUAUCCUUUUCAAUAUAGGUGUUGCACUAUUUAGAAUUAAUCGUUAGCCCAUUGAUAGAAAUACCAUCAAUUUUUUUUACUAUGUCCACUUGGUCACAUCCCUUGUGAGUGAAUUAAUUUUAUUACCUACUUUUAAGCUUCAAAUGUAGUUCUAAUUAAAUUAUAAUCAAUAGUUAUUAGUGAUCAAAGUCUGUACAAAUAGUCAAACUUGUUUGAAAUUGUUGAACCAAGCCAAUUGAAUAACCAAUUUUGAAUUUGGGAUGAAAGAAAACCCUUCUGUCCGAGUAGUACCUCUCUUAGUUCUUAGAAAAACAAUUAUUAUUAAUAGGUAUUAGACACUAUAAUCAAUAUAACAUCUAAGUUAUUUUUAUCUGUGCAGACCACAAAAAAAAUCCAUGUUGUGGAAAAAAAUUGAACUAAUUUCUUACAUUAGCAAACCAGACUGCUGAAAUACUUGUGGCGUUCUAGUUUUUUUUUUUAUAUUUCUGGCCAGGGGCUUGUAAGUCGAUUCUCUUUCUACAAACGGUAACGCUUUAUCGAAACUAUAAAAAAUGACAGAUCUGAGUUAAAUAAAAAUCCGAGUUUUUCAGUUGUACAGUAGUGCCACUAGAUGGCGCUGUUUCAAUUUCUUAGAAAUUCGCUUUUAUGGUAACUUUAUUUUAUUUAUUUUCGUUAGCGUUUGUAGAAAGAGAAUUGACUUGCCACUUGGCUAGUCCCAGGCUAACUAAUGCGUAUGCAGCUGUAAGCUAAAAACACAAUUUAGUUUUGCUGUAAGCUGCAACUAUUUCAGUGUCGCAUGUUUCUAACUGUUUUAGUGGAAUAAUUAUAGUGCAAUAAGGCGAGGAUUAUUCUUAGGUUGCAUUUUUUGUUAAACUAACAAAUUGUUGUACACAAAACUAUGAUAUGCCUGCAGAUGUUUUAUUAAUCCCAAGGAAAGCUGAUCUGAGAAAUUGAAUUUUACCGAUUUUAAAUUAUUUUUUGGAGUUUUUACGAAAAUUAGUCUCAAAUUUUCUGUAUGUGUAAUUUACUCAACUUCAAAAUGAAUCAAAUCCAAAAUGAACCAGUCUACUAGUAUUACAAAAUGUGUAAAAAAAGGUUCUCUUAAAUUUUUUUUUCUGUAAUAGGUAGUAUUUUUAAAUUCGUUAUUUUUUUUUAUCAAUUGUUGAAUUUGGAAAUUAGGUCGUAUUUUUAAAUUUAAAUUCUUUAUUUUGCUAUCAAUUGUUGAAUUUACAAUCAUCUGUAGCUACUGUGUAUUUUUAGUUACGUGUUAAGUUGAGUGUACAACAAUUUAGUUGUUUUUAUAAUUUAUAAGUGUUCGAAAGACUGUCGCGUAGGCUAAGAGUCCACAAGAGCUUGUAAUUUGUAAUACGGAAAGUGAUAUUAAGGUAAGGUGUUGUUGUUGCUGUAUGUUAUAGUAGCCAAUUAUAUUUUUAUGCGCUUUUUAGUAUAAUUGCGAAUAUUUGCGCCGAUCGCAGGGUGAUCUUGCAGAGCCUCUGAAGAUUACGAUUCUCUUUCUACGAUCGCUAACGCUUCGAAAACUAGAAAAAUGUAUGGGAAUGACAUUUGCUAUCGACUGGUCACGUGAUCAAGAUCUGUCAUUCCCAUACAUUUUUCUAGUUUUUCGAAACGUUUGCGAUCGUAGAAAGAGAAUCGACGUCGACUUGGCUACAGAGCCUCUAGCCACGUUACAUAGCGAUUCUCCUUUUACAAACACUUCGAAAAUUUAAAAAAUAUAUUAAAUAUUUUUUUAUAAUGUUCGAUAAUGAGCUACAAAAUUAUGCCGCCAAGUUUGUGAAAAGACGGAUUGUUUUCUUUAGGGCCGGUAAUUGGGAACACUGUAGGGUCAUCCUGCGACUUCGCUAAUACUCAUAAUAACGCCAAAUUUGUCCAUUUUGCACAUUAGCUAUAUUGAAAUAUAUAUUGAACCCGACUUGAAAAAUUACACACCUGUGAAAGUCGUGAAACAAACCACAAGAUCACACUUUUUUUUAAGUCGGUUAGAGAUAAAUUAUAGUUUAAGUAGUCCAUUACAAUUUAUAAGCAUGAUAAUGUUAUAAAGAAAAUAUUGUUUUUAAAAUUUCAUUAAAUUUCAGUUAUUGCUAA